GUCCAGUGGAGAGAGAGAGAGCGAGAGGGAGAGAGAGAGCGAGAGGAGCCACUACUAGUCAAGCCUUCUGAAGAGUGUGUCAGCGGCGGCGGCGCGUGUGUGUGUGAGAUGGAGAACUCACACAUAGCGGAGGUGGCCGAGUGCCUGUCUUACUUCGACGUGAACGAGGACACGGGUCUCUCACCUGAGCAGGUGAAGCGCAACCUGGAGAAGUUCGGCUACAACGAGCUGCCUGCUGAGGAGGGUAAGACCAUUUGGGAGUUGGUGGUGGAGCAGUUUGAGGACCUGCUGGUGAGGAUUCUGCUACUGGCUGCCUGUAUCUCUUUCGUGCUGGCCUUGUUUGAGGAGGGAGAAGAGACUGUCACAGCGUUCGUCGAGCCCUUCGUCAUCCUCCUCAUCCUCAUCGCUAAUGCAGUGGUCGGAGUGUGGCAGGAGCGUAAUGCGGAGAGCGCCAUCGAGGCCCUGAAGGAGUACGAGCCGGAGAUGGGGAAGGUUUAUCGUGCGGACAGGAAGAGCGUCCAGCGCAUUAAGGCUCGCGAGAUCGUCCCAGGAGACAUCGUGGAGGUGUCAGUUGGUGAUAAGGUUCCUGCUGACAUCAGGAUCACAGCUAUCCGCUCUACAACACUGCGCGUGGACCAGUCCAUCCUGACCGGUGAAUCUGUUAGUGUGAUCAAACACACUGAAGCUGUUCCCGACCCCAGGGCUGUCAAUCAGGACAAGAAAAACAUGCUCUUCUCUGUGAGCAACAUCGCCGCUGUGGCGGCCAUCGGUGUUGCCAUAGCGACCGGCGUGUCCACGGAGAUCGGUAAGAUCCGCGACCAGAUGGCGUACGAACAGGAGAAAACGCCUCGCAGGCUGUUGGACGAAGCCGCCGAGCAGCUGUCCAAGGUCAUCUCACAAUUCCUAUGCUUGCCUGGAUCAUCAGUCAACAUCGGCCACUUCCCCAACGGCACCUGCGGCACGGAGGCUCUGAUCCGCUGUGCCGCCUACUACUUCAAGAUCGACGCUCUGGCUGUGGCCGCCAUCCCUGAGGGUCUGCUCAAGUGUCAUCACCACGCCUGGCUGGGCACUUCCGCUGCAUGGCCAAGAAGAACUUUCAUCGCAAGGUCCUCCCUCCUGGUGGAGACGCUUAGGUUGCACUCUCCUCCGGCCAUCUGCUCCACAAGACCGCAUCAGCUGACUACUAAACUAGAUGUGUGUGUGACCAAGAUGUUCAUCAUUGAGAAAGUUGAGGGCGACCGUGUGGCUCUGGGCCAGUUUGACAUCUCAGGCUCCAAGUACACCCCCGAGGGAGAAGUGUCGAGGGCGGGUCUCUGGUGAAGCGGUCAGUUUGACGGACUGGUGAGUUACACAUCUGGCGCCCCCUGUGCAACGACCUCACUGGACUACAAUGAGUCCAAGGGCAUCUAUGAGAGUGGGGAGGCCACUGAGACUGCCCUCUGCUGCCUGGUGGAGAAGAUGAACCUCUUCAACACGGAGGUGCGCUGCCCGUCCAAGGUGGAGAGAGCCAACGCCUGCUGCUCGGUGGUCAAGCAGUUGAUGCGUAAGGAGUUCCUUGAGUUCUCUCGGCCAGGAAGUCUUAUUGGAACCGGAGGGGGACUGACGCCAUACACACUCCGGGCUGCUCGCUCUGGCAACGCUGAAGACACCCCCAAGGAGGAGAUGAACCUCGAGGACUCCACCAAGUUCGCCGACUACGAGGUGGACCUGACGUUUGUGGGGUGUGUGGGGAUGUUGGACCCUCCUCGUAAGGAGGUCAGCAGCUCCAUUGAGCUCUGCAGGAAAGCUGGCAUCCGCGUCAUCAUGAUCACCGGUGAUAAUAAAGGUACGGCGGUGGCCAUCUCAAGGAUCGAAUCUUCAGCGGUGACGAGGACGCUAUGGGUCGAAGCGCUCACGGGCCGCGAAGUUCGGGACGCAUUGCCGCUGAGCUCUGCAGAGAGAAGGGUCAGGAAGGCUCGUUGCUACGCUCAAGGAGCUCCUCGUGACAAGAGCAAGAUCGUGGAGUUCCUCCAGGGCUUUGAUGAGAUCACCGCUAUGACGGGUGAUGGUGUGAACGAUGCCCCUGCGCUGAAGAAGGCGGAGAUUGGCAUCGCUAUGGGCUCUGGCACGGCGGUUGCUGUCGGGUCGGCAUCUGGGUUCCCCGCUGACGACAACUUCUUCCCUCCAUCGUGGGGUCAGCUGCGGAAGAGGGCUCGAGCCAUCUACAACAACAUGAAGCAGUUCAUCCGCUACCUCAUCUCCUCUAAUGUAGGAGAGGUCGUCUGUAUCUUCCUGACUGCUGCGCUUGGGUCUAUGAAUUUGACCUGCAUCCAGCUGCUUUCGUCAACCUUGGCUACUGAUGGUCUCCUGCAACUGCUAAGUUUAAAUUCUCCCGAUCUGGACAUACUGCGGCAAGGCCCCUGCCUCUAAAGAGCUCUCAUCUCUGGCUGGCUCUUCUUCAGAUACAUGGCCAUCGGAGCUGACGACUGGACAUGUGUGUCCGCACGAUCAAAAACAGUAGGCUGCAGCCUCCAACCAUCAUCCUCGCAGUGCACGCCUGACACCCAGGAUUUAUGGGGUCGGUGUGAGGUGUCUGAGAGCGCCGCACCCAUGACCAUGGCCCUGUCCGUCCUAGUGACCAUCGAGAUGUGCAACGCCCUCAACAGCCUGUCGGAGAACCAGUCCCUGAUGAGGAUGCCUCCCUGGAGUAACUGCUGGCUGCUAGGAGCCAUGACACUCUCGAUGUCUCUCCACUUCAUGAUCAUCUAUGUAGACCCACUACCUAUGAUCUUCAAGCUGACCCAUCUGAAUGUUGAGCAGUGGCUGAUGGUGUUGAAGCUCUCAUUCCCCGUCAUCCUCAUUGAUGAGUUCCUCAAGUUCGUCGCCCGCAACUACCUGGAGCUGAAAGACGACAACCUGGUGUCCAAGAAGUGGGACUAAGAGAAGAGGGGGAUCUAGACGAACAGGAGAGGAGGACAGGAGAGGCCUCUCUCUCCACAGAACGUGUGUGUGUGUGUGUGUGUGUGUCUGGUACCAUGGGAGUGCAGAGGUGGCGGACUCUUGCGUGGCUCUGUGUCUUUACUCCAUGUAGCUAAUGACUCUUUACAGAGUGUGUGUGUGUGUGUGUGUGUGUGUGUGUGUGGGCUCUAUGUUUUGACCGAGUCUUUACCCCAUAUAGCUAAUGAUGCUCUGAGCUCAUAUACUCUGUUCUUUAAAUAAAGACAUCUGAGAAAACA